AUGAACCGAAUCCGCUCGGCCACUGAACAAGACAUCUCCGACUCCCAGAGUUCAAGCCGACAGGGCAGAGGGAAAAUGGACGUAGCCUGGAGAUUGAAGUGGCUGGUCGCGAAAUCUCAGAAUUCCCAGGUGGAAUUGUAUUUGACAGGAAUCAAUACGUCAGCUGCUAUUGACACAAUCGACAGAAAACAGCUAAUCAAUACAUAUCACAAGGUCAUUCCACGAGACGAAUUUCGACUACUAACGAAACUUUUGACAGAAACUAACCUGGAGAUUAAGGCUGAGAUCUAUGUGAGACAGGAUCGAGAUGAAGCGAAACCACCGGCACAAUUAGACCACGAUUGCUCAACCCCGAAACCAGACGAAACGAUUUACGCAGACGAUACCGACUUUACAACGGAAGAAGAAAACGACUCAACUUGGAUUCAAGAGAACGUCACUACCAUCUUGCAGACGCAUCGACUCAAAGCAAACCCGUACAAGGCCGCAAGACCGAUAUCACAGUGA